ACACUGAGACCGUCUCAGAUUUCCAACAACAACAACAGACAACAAAGUUCGUCUCAUAACAAAAAUCGCAGUUCAUGUUGCCUAGUGUGGACUAGGCUUUAAACAAUGCGUUACGAAAAAUUUGCGCGCCUAUUUUCCCAGUUCAGCUAGUUUAUCGUUUAUCUGAAAAAAAUAGCUCCUACCUACCGAUUUGCACUAGGCCUUUCCGUUUUCGUUCGACCACGGCGUCUCCAUCAGCGUCAUAACUUAUUGCCUUCACAUCAUUGGACGCACUCUUUGUUGAUUCCACAUUCACUUGGCUUGAAGCAGAUUGCUCGCUACUAUCAGAGUCAGAUCCGUUGUUAAUGGAAUUUCUGGCACUGUCCCUUCUCGUCAUUGCCGGAUAGACGAAUGUAAAUUUAGAUAUGCUAGCUGAGAAUGCGCAGGGGGAAGAAGAUAUGGAAAAAAAUAACGCAUCGUCGUUUUAUGUUUCUGUUGGCUAUGCUAAAUUGGCAAAUUAAAUAUCUCAAAAUAGCACUUACUUCCACUAUCUGUGUUGGUCGUUGCGAAAUCGGUUUCGGCAUAGAGCUCCGAUGUCACUUCCAAUCUUGUGGCCAUCACAGAAGGAAGAAUUCAACUCUCUGGAGACGUUAGUAGGUUGCUCGGAACAAUGGUACUAGAUCGUUCGUAACAGUUCACGUGUAAGUUCACUUAGAAGGUGCGUCGAGAAACCGGAAGUGAAAUCUCUUCUCAUGAAAAAUUGGCAAACGGCACGAUAUAUAUAUUUGACGAAUGGUUUCUAGUUGUUAUUUUUUGCAACCAUCUGCUUACACUUGAACGGCGAGACUGAGCGGGUGAACAGCGUAAUAUGGAAGAAUUAAUGAAUACCGUACAACAAAGAGAGGAUGUCCGGUUGACUGUUUGAAAAAAAUAGCAGUAAGCUAUUUAUAAACCUAGUAACUAUAUAAUUACCUGUACAAAAAAUGUUUUUAUAAAUAACUAAUUGCUUAUCUUUUAUAUAAAAAUGAAGGCGUCUUAUUUGUAACAUCAUCACGUAAAUACGGACGGUCGGGACGGAGUUAAAUUUGGUAUCCAAGGGUUUUUCGGGUCAGAGAUUUUUAUAAUACUUUCAAAUAUCUUACUUUUAUGGAAGGGUGGCUCCCAUAUAAAAUAAACUAAAAAUUGGACACAACUCGAAAUUUUUGAAGGGUAUUUUCAUAAAAAUUGGUUCACGAGCACGAAGAAGUUAAGGACGUGUAGAUAAAGUUAAACAUUUAUAACGAUUUAUUAGGUUAAAAAUGAAAAAAAAAGUUUUCCAGGUCAGCUAGUUUUUUUAAAAAUAAUCUCAGGUUUUUUUCAAUGAAAAUACUCAUAAAAUGAAUAAAUCUAGGUAAACUUCUGAAUGUUUAUUUUUGAGCAUCUGUUACAUAAAAGAAGUUAAGCGUGUAAACUCAUUCUUGGCUUGAUGUUGAGCGAGUGAGUGUAAACGGAGAUUACCUAUUUAUUUAAAAUUCAACAGUAUCAUCGCGUAGCAUUUUAACUGUUUUAUAAAUUUGAAUAACUAUAGUUAAGUUUUGCUUUUUAUAAUCAGCUGAAAAUACAUUAAAGGAACAUUAGCUAAUAAUUAAAAAUGAAAAGCGCCCAAGAGCUAGAAUUGGAAAUACCGUUACAUUUGGACGUUGUGACUAGUGAAUCCUGCUCGAGAAUACUACAGGUAAUAAUCGAGAAUCUGUUGUAUCAGCGAAAUCAAAUUCCGUUCGCCUACGAGACGUUCAGAACUCUGAUAACCAAAAUGACAGAUCAGGAAUCACAAGAUGACAACGAAACUAUGAGUUGGAAUAAUUAUCAACUGAUAAAGCAGCGAGAUUUAGCCAAAAAGUCCCUUCAGAACAUUAAGGAUGUUUUCACGAAUUCAACUCAAUUAAUAGAACAAGUACAUCAAAUUUUACAAAUGAAAUUCAUAUUUGGGUCAACCAUCUACACUGCCAAGGAAAUAUUUACGAUUAAAAUGCCGAAGAUUGAUAGGAAUCACUAUCCUCAGCAUCAUCGCCAGAGAUUGGAAGCAGCAUUGAAAAUUCUGGCCAUGCAAUUAACACUGUGCGAGAAAUUGCAAGCCAACGGUAGCAGAAUAACGGGUCCUACAAACGCAUUUGUCAUGGUGGGAAUGUCGGGUGAACCAGGCUCCUGGGUCAGCUCUGAAGAUGUCGAAAGGACUUGGCACCUUGUGGAAGACUAUAAGUCACCGGUUAACUGUCGGAAGUAUUUGAUACAAAUUAAAAACAUUAGCACGGCAAACGAUUCGCUAUGCUGUAAGGAAAUGAAAGUUUUCAGUGAGCAAAUCGAACAAUUGAGCUUGGAAGGCUCUGCUAAGAAUAAUUCCUUCCCAACGGAUGACAAUAAUCAAGAAAAUGGUGAUGAUGCACCGAAAGACAAUCUGGUGUGGUAUCAGCUUGAUGGUUGUUUGAAAGGAUACAAAGAAUAUGUAAUAAAAGGAAAAACUAUUUGGAAUUCAUGAAAAUUUCAGUUUUCUUUUUCAAAUAGGAUAGGAUAAAUUCCAGGAAAAGUCUACAACAUUUCGGGUUAUUUAUACCCAAUAUGUAAGUUUAAAGUAAAGGGUAAAAUCAAAUAUAAAAAAAAGAUAGAAUACGGAAAAUGUAAGAACGUUUCAAAACGAUAUGAUAUAGCAAAUAAAUGGACACUGUCAUCAAAAUAAUGUAGCUAAAAUACCUUAUACGUCACAUCUCAACGGCGUGUUUAUCUCUUCGAUGCUGGUCGAAACGUAGUUUAUCACUAAAUACCAACCGACAGUUAACGUCAGAAUCACAGAAAAAGGUACUGUUUUGGUUUCCAUGGGUCAAUGCGUGGAUCGAUGCAAAAUAGCUAUAAUAUAGGUAACAAAAUUGUUAAUUAUGG